UGUUGUCCUCGGGUCAAAAUGACCCGCCACUGUUUUAAAACCCCCCAAAAAAUCCACUAAAUGUUAUUUUUUUAACUUGAGAUUUUAAGACUUUGCCUAGAUUGGCCAAAACAAUAGAAAUAGUUAAAUGUUGCUUUUAUUCACAUUUCCAAGUAAGCUGUACAAAAAAAUUUACAAAGAUGGUCUUCGGGUCAAAAUGACCCGUGAGCCAAAUAGAGUUGAAAUCAAGGCCACAGAGUUAUUUACAAACCACAGAAUGUUACAAAGUUUUAGCUGUGUCUCAGAUCAAUCAGUAGCAGAAGUAAACAAGGCAAAUCAGGUGGUGUUCUCGCAGACUUCAGAAGACCACCUGUUAUUUCUAGAGGUUAUAAAGGUCCUGCAUAGCAGGACCCUGAAUUGUGUCUGUGCUGAAGCCAUGAGUGUGCGUUACAACACUGAAGAGCCUUUAGAGGUGAUUUUCUCACAUGUCCAGCAAGACAACUCUGAUUCAGAAGAGGAAGUAGAGGAUGUAUCCGAAGAAGAUGGAGAGGAAUACAACCCAGAGCAUGAUGAAUCAUCUUCAGAAGAAGAAGAAAACCUUGAAGCUGAAAGUGAGACUUUCCUUUCAAAAAAUGGCAAAAUAACAUGGUCCUCAGCAGCAUAUGACCAACACGGCAGGCAUGCAGAACAAAACAUUGUAAAGAUGACCCCAGGACCCACAAGGUAUGCCGUUUCUCAUGCCCAUGAUAUUGUUUCUACAUUCUACUUGUUUAUCACACCAGCAAUAGAAAAAAUAAUCCUGGAGAUGACAAAUCUGGAGGGUUUUCGCAAAUAUGGAGACAGCUGGAAAAAGAUGGAUGAGAUUGACCUCCAGGCCUAUUUAGGGCUGCUAAUACUAGCAGGUGUAUACAGGUCCCGAGGUGAGGCUGCAGCUAGUCUAUGGGAUGCAGAGAGUGGAAGGCCAAUUUUCCGAGCCACAAUGCCGCUCAAACUCUUUCACACCUACUCAAGACUGAUUCGAUUUGAUGACCGUGAAUCAAGACCAGCAAGACGUGUGACAGACAAACUUGCAGCCAUAAGAGAGGUAUGGGACAAGUGGGUGGAGCGGUUGCCCUACCUCUACAAUCCAGGGCCUGACGUAACAGUGGAUGAGCAACUGGUUCCAUUUAGAGGUCGUUGUCCUUUCCGGCAGUAUAUGCCCAGCAAGCCAGCAAAAUAUGGGAUCAAGUCAUGGGUGGCUUGCGAUGCCAAAUCAAGCUAUGCUUGGAAAAUGCAAGUCUAUACUGGUAAGUCAACCAGUGGAUGCCCAGAGAAGAACCAGGGGAUGCGAGUUGUGCUUGAUGUGACAGAGGGACUGAGGGGUCACAAUGUGACAUGUGACAAUUUCUUCACCUCUUAUGAACUCGGGCAGCAGCUCCUAAAGAGGAAGAUCACCAUGGUUGGUACAGUUCGAAAGAACAAGCCUGAGCUCCCACCUGCACUGCUUGCGUCAAAGGAGAGAGAGGUCUUCUCCUCAAGGUUUGCCUUCACACCCACCACCACUCUAGUUUCCUACCUCCCAAAGAAAAACAAGAAUGUAGUUCUUCUGAGCACACUGCACAAAGACAGCGACGUUAGUGAUCGUGAGGACAGGAAGCCAAUCAUAAUCCUGGACUACAACCGCAACAAAGGAGGCGUGGACAACCUAGAUAAGGUGAUUGGGACAUAUAGCUGCAGAAGAAUGACUGCACGCUGGCCCCUGGUCAUCUUCCACAACAUCAUUGAUGUGUCCUCCUACAAUGCCUUUGUGAUUUGGAGAGAGAUCAACCCAACCUGGAUGUCUUGUAAGCACAACAAGAGGAGGGUGUUCCUGGAGCAGCUAGGAAAGGCACUUGUAACUCCACUCAUUGAAAGAAGGAAGCAUGUCCCCCGCACAGAAGCCUCAGCAGCAGUUGUAAAAGCUAUUCAGAGUGCAGCAGCUCCUGAUCAACCUGAGAAUCCAUCUACCACAGCCACUUCCCCAGCUAGGGCAAGUAAGAGGAAGAGAUGUCAGUUCUGCCCUCAAAAGAAGGACUGUAAAACACAUACUAUGUGCUGCAGGUGUAAGAAAUAUAUCUGCAAAGGCUGUGCACUUGCAUACUGCCCUACAUGUGCUAGUUAGUUGAAUGGGUUAUGUUAUUUUUCAUAUUUUUGUAUUGUACAUUCUCUUAAAUUGUUCACUGGAGAAAAGUAACAGAAAAUGA